CCCGCAUCUAGCCUUAGCAUAAACCCCACAUUAAAUGCCCUAUCUCGUAUACAACUUUGUGUCCAAGACCGCAACCUGAGGCACUUGAAUGUUGAGGCCAUGUUGAACCAGAUAUUUUCCACCAUGGCUCCAGGCACCUCCAAAACACCCAUCUCAACCUCAAUAAACACAAGCUACACACACGCUAUGGCCCUCGCAGCCCUCCCUCGGGAGCUAAUCGUUUCCAUAUCUGAACAGCUCGAAUAAUGCGAUAUCAACGCUCUUUAUCAGACAAAUGUGCACUUGUACGAUUUGUUAAAUGAGGUUUUAUACCAGCAGAAUGUCAGUAACUUACAGGGCGCGGGCGCAUGGCGGGCUGUCGAAAACGGUAAUGCGGAUGCUCUUAUGAAGUUCAUCGCAUAUGGGCUGAAUAUUCAUGCUUGUGGGCAGCCAUCGAAUUUCACUGUCAACAAGGCGCUCGUUGGUGAUGACACUGCAGCGGAGUAUGAAGAGCAUGAUGAGGAGAAAAGAGAAGAAACAAAAGAAGAAGCAGCUGAAAAAGACAAGGAAAAAGAGAAAGAGAAAGAGAAAGAAAAAGAAAAAGAAAAAGAAAAAGAAGAGGAAGAAGAAGACCUUUUUCUUCGAUAUCAUGCCAAUGCCCCCGUCCCACGACAACCAACCUCAACCGGAACCGCUACCUCAACCAGAACCGCUUAUAUGCUACGCUGCGAAAAACAGCAAUGUAUCUAUAAUGCAGGUUCUGCUUGCUCACGGCGUAUACCCAGACGCUCGCAACGAGAAGGGGGAAACGCCAUUAAAAAUCGCAUCCAGAAAAGGCCAUGAGGGUAUCGUAUGGUUAUUGCUAUACGAAGGUGCUUAUGUGAAUGCUCUUGACAACACCCAGAACAGUGCAGCUUCAUAUGUAGUAGAAAAUGAUCACUUGGAGAUCAUUGCGGUUUUGAUGGAGCAUGGAGGGACCAUUCCUUGGGUAGUGUGUGUGUGAUUUAUGCUAAGAAAGCUUGAUCUUUGAAAACGUGUGA